CACGAACGUCGCUGCCCUUUAUAAGAUGUGACGAGUUUCUUCAAUCAUCCAACUAUCCAAGUAAGUGUGUGUGUGACACAUUCAAAAGACUUAAACUUUGAUCUUGAGGAGGAAGUAAAGAGAGAUGGACAAGUAUGAAGUUGUCAAGGACUUGGGAGCUGGGAACUUCGGUGUUGCUCGUCUUCUUAGGCAUAAAGAGACUAAGGAGCUUGUUGCUAUGAAGUACAUCGAGAGAGGUCGCAAGAUUGAUGAGAAUGUGGCGAGAGAGAUUAUUAAUCACAGAUCACUUAGGCAUCCUAAUAUCAUCCGAUUCAAGGAGGUGGUUCUGACUCCAACUCAUCUUGCUAUUGUAAUGGAGUAUGCUUCUGGAGGAGAGCUCUUUGAAAGAAUCUGUAAUGCUGGUAGAUUCAGUGAAGCUGAGGCUAGAUACUUCUUUCAGCAGCUGAUUUGUGGAGUGGAUUACUGUCAUUCCCUGCAAAUAUGUCAUAGAGAUCUGAAGCUUGAGAACACUCUGCUCGAUGGUAGUCCUGCACCACUGUUGAAAAUCUGUGACUUUGGUUACUCCAAGUCAUCUCUGCUUCACUCUAGACCUAAAUCAACUGUUGGAACUCCAGCUUACAUUGCACCUGAAGUUCUCUCUAGAAGAGAAUAUGAUGGGAAGAAUGCGGAUGUUUGGUCUUGUGGUGUGACUCUUUAUGUGAUGCUGGUUGGAGGUUAUCCCUUUGAAGACCCUGAUGAUCCCAGAAACUUCAGGAAAACAAUCCAACGUAUAAUGGCUGUCCAGUACAAGAUCCCGGACUACGUUCACAUAUCUCAGGAGUGCAAACACCUUCUCUCUCGCAUCUUUGUCACUAAUCCAGCUAAGAGGAUCACACUUAAAGAGAUCAAGAAGCACCCGUGGUUCUUGAAGAACUUGCCUAAGGAGCUUACGGAUUCUGCUCAAGCAGCGUACUACAAGAGAGACAACCCAAGCUUCUCUCUUCAAAGCGUUGAGGACAUUAUGAAGAUCGUUGGAGAAGCAAGGAAUCCAGCUCCGUCUUCUAGUGCCGUCAAGGGCUUUGAUGAAGAUGAUGAAGACGAGGUUGAAGAAGAGGAAGAAGAAGAAGAUGAAGAAGAAGAAGAUGAAGAGGAAGAAGAGGAUGAAUAUGAGAAGCAUGUCAAAGAGGCACAUAAGAGCCAAGAGUCUUCUAAAGCUUAAAGAAAACAAUAACUCACUCUGCUGUUUAAUAUAUUCAAUCUCUUAUAUUAUAUUUCUGUUUACGUGAAUUUGAACAUCUCUUUAAUCUAUAAGCAAUUUGAAUCAAAAUCACCCAUUUCUCA